AUGUAAAUCGAUCAAUUACAGCAUUCCACUCCUAUACAUGGGGAGGAGACAGAUAUCUAGAAAGGAAAGGAGGUAUCUUUAAUAGUUUUCCCCAAAAAGUUUCUAAAUCCCCAUAGUACUUUUCGAAUGAAAGGAGUAUCUUUAAUCAUUUAAUGAUAUUAAAGGAUUUCCAUCUAUUUGCAGACGCUCGCUACAUAAGAUAACAUGAAAUGCUGAAAAUUGGUCUUAGUUGUCAAAAUCCUUAUAAAAAAAUUUCCAAAAUAAUGGUGGAUUAAAAUGCUGGGACAAUCAAAUUGUGCUACACAUAACUUGAUUUUUCUGAAACUCCUUGGGAAUAUGUAGCAAAAAGAUUAUAAAGUUUCGGUGAUGUUUAAAUGAUGGAAUUAAGUGAAUAUAUCAGGAAGUAUUAUGAAUAAUUAAACUCUGGUUUGAAAUUGGAAAAAAAUGACAUUGUAUUUGAAAAUAAACUAUCAAAAAUAUUUUAGAUUCCCAAAGACAACUAUAGAUCAUUUGGAAUAUAUCAAUAUAAGUACUUAAAAAGCUUAAAUCAAUUCUUCAUAUCAGCAUUGACCUAUGACAUCAAAUUAAUUGAAGACUUGGGUUAUUCAGUACAACAUUUUAUAGAAUCGUGCAUAAAGAUUGGAAUUCCGGAGUAUAAAAAAUUUAUAAAUUAUAUCUAGAUUAUCUUUAUAACCUGGAUGUACAAAUACGAAUUACUACAAAAAUGUUAUGGAGUUUGCCAAACCUUUGAUGAAACCAANCCAAGAAUAAUUUAAACAGCAAGAAUAGCCAAAAAUGUAGAAAUAAAAUUAAAGGAAAAAAUUUUAUAAAGAAAAUUUCUUUCUUAAUAAAAUAGUAAAAAUAUAUAGAGUACAUAUAAAUUAAGUUACUAAGUUACAUAAGAAGAAAUAGAGGGAUUUAUUGAUUAAAAUCUUAUAAAUAUGA